AUGUACACGUCGGGUGGAGUGCCUUCAUCUGACGAUGAGGAAGACGGGCGAUCAAGCCAGGAUGAACGCGAUUUAGAGUACGACCCUCCGCAUUAUCAUACGGUUUAUAGGGGUCAGUUUAGGAGGUUUGCCAGCAGUAGUCAAACCAGUCAGCCUUCCACCAGCGCAGCAGAGCCGUGGGUAGUGCACGAGUCGAUGACAGGUGGUCCUGAAGAUGGGACCGUUAUCCUUAGUUUUGGGGGGCACGUGGCUGCGUAUAUAUGGGUCGGGCAGGAGCGUAAUGUUUUGCACUGUUUGAGCAGGACAGAGCUGUGUUCUGAAUUGGUCACCUGGCGAGGGCGUUUUCCCCAGGAGCAUCUAGAGCUGAUUGACAGCAGUGGUCUGUCGCACCUGCCUGGGAUCAUGUUCAGGCGUUUAGAUUGGCCGGUGAUUUUAGCCUUUGUUGAGAGAUGGCAGCCCGAUACGAACACUUUUCAUAUGCCAUUCGGGGAGAUGACUAUCAUGCUGCACGACAUGUACAACAUCCUAGGGCUGCGUGUAGAUGGUGGCCUGGUUUCUGCUACUCAGAGCACGGACACCCUACGGGACGCGUGCUCGGUUAUCCUGGACAUGACUGUAGAGGAGCUGGGUGAGAAGCACGGGACGAAGACCAUCUGGCAGGGUAGUGGGGUACUGACCGAGAAGACUGUGGAGUCAACCCUGGCGGUGCAGAGGCCUUUUAGUACCCAUUACAGUGUGUACCUGUGGUUACUACUUGGCGGUUGUCUGUUCCUAGACAAGAGUGGUAACCGUAGGCAUCCGUCCCUCCUCGGCGAGCUUAUUGUUGAUGAUCUGUCAGUGACUGACUACUCUUGGGGCUCAGCGACUCUAGCGUAUUUGUAUCAGCAGUUGGGUACGACAUCUAGGAAAGAUGCUGAUUCGAUCGCUGGUUGUCUCACGCUUCUUCAGGCGUGGAUCUACGAGUACUUCCCGUGCUUCCGGCCUCAACAGGGUACCCUGACUAGGGAGCUCAGUGUUCCGCGUGCGUCUGCUUGGGAUGUUGGAGCAGGAUGCCCCAACAAGAGCAUUGAGAGCCUUCUCGCUUUUCGUGCUAGGUUGGAUCAGUUGACCAACAAUGAGGUCAACUGGCUCCCUUACGGAGUUGAUGUUGCACGACGAGUGCCCGCCACCUUAUUUUUUGGUUGCAUCCAGUAUCAAGCUAUCAUUGAGCCAUAUAUGCCUGAUCGAGUGGUCCGGCAGCUGGGGUUCGUCCAGGACAUUCCGAGGACUAUUAUCAGGCCUGAGAAGGCUAAGAGAUCGACCAACCUGAAGAUGUAUCGGGUUGAGUUUCCCACCGAGAUGACAUCAGUGAUGUGGACUCGGUUUGUCCCUGGCACAUCGUUCAGUGUUGUUCUAGGUGCCUUGACUUGA